UACACAAAGCUAAUCGUGGACUUAGCUCAAUUAACAUUGACAACUUAACCUCUAACAACAACAAAAAAUGGUUCAACCAGAAAACUAUUUCCUUCUUGAUCCAAGAGAAGCCACAUUCAAGGAUCUGAUGUAUCUUCUCUUCUACUCGGAUCUCGAAAAUCGAAAUUUCGUUGAUACUUCCAUAGAGAACAUUCACAAUGAUCUUUGCCGAUUCAGGGGACGGUGGAUCAUUUUUGUAUCCAUUGUUGUUCAGAAACUCAUGAUUCUCCUAAGGAAACCUCUCUCCUUCUUUGGAUUCGUUCUUGGCUUUUGGCUUAACCUUCCUUCUUCCAAUGGUGGCUUCUUCAAGAUUUUCCUAAAUCUUGUCCAAAGAAGGUUUGUUUGGCCGGAAAAAACAUCAGCCACAUUUGCAUCACUAAAUGGAAACCUAGACCAAAGAAUAGACUUAGGUUUAGGCCGGAGCAUAGAGAUAGGGGAUGAAAGAUACAAACCAUUGUUGUCUAUUAUGGCUUCUAAGCUGUCUUAUGAGAAUGAGAAUUGUAUCAGAUCCGUUCUUCAAGAUCAUUGGCAGAUGGACUUGUUGGGUUUCUACACCUGUCGGAAUGAUUACGACCAAACGAGGUCAACAGAGGUGAUUGUUAUAAGGGACACAAAACAAAAUCCGAACAUCAUCGUCGUCAGUUUCAGAGGCACCGAUCCUUUCAAUGCCAAUGAUUGGUGUACUGACUUGGAUCUCUCUUGGUACGAGAUUAUGAAUGUGGGAAAGAUCCAUGGCGGAUUCAUGAAAGCUUUAGGCCUUCCAAAAGAAGGAUGGCAUGAAGGAAGAAUAAACUCUGACCAAACACAAAAUGAAACAAGUCAACUUGCAUACUACACAAUAUUACGUCAGUUGAAAGACGUUUUCAACCAAAACCCGACAUCCAACUUUAUCCUGACCGGACAUAGCCUAGGUGGAGCACUAGCGAUCUUGUUCACAGCCGUGUUAAUGAUGCAUGACGAGAAGGAAAUGUUAGAGAGGCUUGAAGGAGUUUACACAUUUGGGCAGCCUCGAGUAGGGAACGCGGAUUUUGGAAACUACAUGAAAGAAAAGUUAAGGGAAUUUCGCGUAAAGUACAAAAGAUAUGUUUAUUGCAACGACAUGGUUCCUAGGUUGCCUUUCGACGACAAGACACUUCUGUUCAAACAUUUUGGGGACUGCCUCUAUUGCAACAGUUUCUACAAAGGAAAGGUGGAAGAAGAGGAACCAAACAAAAACUACUUCAACAUCUUCUUGGUUAUACCGAAGAUUUUGAACGCAAUGUGGGAGUUGAUAAGGAGUUUCAUCAUGUCUUGUUGGCAAGGUAGAGAAUACAGAGAAGGAUGGUUGUUGACAUGUUUUAGACUUGUCGGAUUGUUGAUUCCAGGACUUCCUGCACAUUCUCCUAAUGAGUACGUCAAUGUUGCUCUUUUGGCGAACUUUUCUCGUCCUGAUUCUCAACAUUUGUCUAAUGAGCCACUUUUGCAUGAUUAUGAUCACUCAGACUAAUGUUGGCUGCAUUGUUUCCAAUUUCUUUUUUUCAAUAAUUGGUGUGUUCAUGAUAUUAUAUU